CUUCCCCAAACCCAAAGUCUCCAAUUUGGGAAAAACACACACGCAGCCUUUGACUUGUUCUUUUUGGCUAUUUUGAACUGAGAGAUGGAAGAGCCGAAAGCAGCCCAGAACCCACCACCGUCCCAAGAUCCAAACGCACCAACAGCAACCGUAAACGCUGCUCAAACAACGGCUCCUCCUCCACAGCCACCACCAACAGCACCAGAGCAACCAGCUAGCAGGAAAAGACCUCUAGAAAACAGCAAUGACCAAUACCAAAACUCCCCGUAUUUCAAGAUGCGCCUUGUCCUCAAAGAUCUUCGUCCUCAUUUCAUCGAGGUUCUUCGAACGCCUGAUUUUCGAAAUUGCAAGGGCGCCCAUGAAAUUAAAGAAAAGAUGAAGCAUUUAGUGGAUUUGUACAAGCAGAUGAUAGUCUCUAUAGAGAAAAGUAAUAAUGGAGCAGGAAACCAGACAAUGCAAGGUGAAAGUGGAACGAAGCAGAAGCCCCAGGAGCAGGCACAAUUCGUUAAGCCAGCACCAGCAGUUUCCUCCAAAAACAAGACAUUCCAGUCAAGUAGUGUCACUGGUAAACCACAAUCUGAAGACGGUGAAGCUUCAGGGACAUAUAUUGUUGGGGGUUCUGCUUUUGGGUGGAACUUUAUCACCUUUGCAGGCAACAAACCGGUGUAUUAUGGAGUAACAAAGGAAGCAUUUCGAAGUGCUCAAGCAAAUUUAGGUUUAGGAGGAGAGUGAAGCCUUUCUGACAUGUAUUCUGGGCUAAAUAUUGUAUCAAUAGUGGAAAGCUCCACCUUUUAUAUUUAACAUCGGGGGAUUAUCAUCUGUACAACUAUUGCAUUUUAACCCCACUUUUUGCGGAUUCAGUUCUGGGUUCUGUAAGUUGGUUUCUAACAUGGUUGAUUAGCCUGUUAUAUUUUUGUUGAUUGAAGUGAUCUUGGAGGUAAGUUUUUGUA